AUGAAGAUGGAAAUCAUAUAUACCCGGACGAAACAAGCGAACACAACACGGAUUCAGAGCAAGAAUGUAAUGAUGUGUGGUGAUCCAGAAACCCAGGAUCAUGUGUCAGAAUCGUCCGAAGACCAACAAAUGGAUGUAGAUAGUUCGGAUAGUGACGAUAAUGAGCCAUUGAUCCACAUUUCAUCACAGAACUUUUAUUUUGUCAAAAAAAAAGAUAAAAGUGGCCACUAUAAAACAAUUUGCAAAUGGAGGAAGACACCGUACCCACAGGGUAUCAGAACAAGGAGACAGAAUAUAGUUACAGAGCAACCAGGCCCACAGGGUACAGCUCGGGCGGUGAGUAACCCCUUUGAAUCUUGGCUUUUGUUUUUGGACGUUGAUAUGUUGCAGCAUAUUGUGGAGUGCACGAAUAUAAAGAUAGCAUCUAUGCAGACAAAUUACGAGAGGCAGCGUGACUGUGAGGAGACCAAUAUCAUUGAGCUAAAAGCGUUGAUUGGUAUUAUGUAUCUGAUUGGUAUUCAUAAAUCGUCACAUGCUUUGAUUGAUGAUAUUUGGAUGGCUGAUGGUACGGGAUAUAUUUUCAAAGCCUCUGAAGUAAUAGGGACGGACUCUCUCGUCAUUGUGGCAACCAUCAACAGUGGUAUGAAUAUCAGCAGAGCUGCAAACCACAGUAAGGUUAAUAGCAGCAGCGCUUACCGUUUUCCUGGUGGCUGCGACCACCAGGAAAAGCGGCUGGCUAUAGCACUAGGCCGAUGGCUGUCUAUAGCACCAGAUGCUAUAGACAGCCAUCGGUCAACUGACAUGGCUGUUAACGUGAAAACACCAGCUGCUACUGUCAUACCUAAAAAUAAAUCUCAUUAUUGA